AUGGGAGAUCAGAGCUCCUAUCGGCCCCUACCUGCCCGCGCCGGCACUGGGCUCGCUAAUAACAAGCCGACUCGCUCCAACACCGAUCCGUCUGAGGCAGCACAGCGUCCAAAGAGAGGUCAUACGCAUAGUCGCUUGCACGCGAAUACAGUAACCACGCGAACAUCGCAUAACAACCACCUUCACCAAAACCGCAACCGAGCCAGGGAUACCGUGCAGUCUGCCAUUGAGCUCAAGCCGCCAGUCAGCUUCGACCACUUCCUACGUCGAGAAAGGAAGAGCCCAGCCUCGAGUCGACGAGGUAGCGCAACUCAGCUGCAGCGCGAUGAGGACGAACGAAAGGCUCAGGAGCAGGCUCAGGCGGAGAGGGAGGUAAGGCGCAAGGUGACGGCUACGGAAGUCGCCCAGGCAAAGGCAGACAAUGUCAGGCGGGAGGAUGAGCUGCGCCAGACUCUGAAGCAUGUGGAGGAGUUGGGUAUGCGAAGCACACGGCAACUCGAUGACACAUACUAUGCAAUCUUGGAGAAGGCGUCUUUACUGCGGUCGACGGUUGCUGGACUCCAACAGCUCGCCGAGGAGAGCAAGCGCAUGCAGAAACAUUUCGAGGAGGAAACUCGGGACUUGAUUGCUACGACGCAUGGUAGCAUCGAGGCAUUCGGUGACUUCCAGGAUCAGCAGCGUAGCAUUGACUUAUUUGUGAAGAAGCUGAAUGAGUGUAAGCGAGAGACUGUUCAACUGGACGAGCGUCUCGAGCAGGCGAGACAGAGGACCGAGGCCUUCGACCAGCGGAGAAAGGAGAAGCUGGCGACGCGUAGGAAGCAGUGGACUGCUACAUGGGGCGCGUUCGUCGGCGUGCUGGUGCUCGUCAUUGCGAUUGUGUUGCUCCGGAAUCACCGACAAGUCGCAGAGAGCUGGGACGGAGCGGGACAAGCACUGUCAAAAGUAGAAGGCAUGGCGGAAGACAUGCUGUCCUAUUUGCCGUCCAGAUUGCGACCGGCGCCCAGUCUAGGCGAAGACCCUUACUUGCGAAAGCUCUUCGACGACCUUUAG